CUCCAACGGACCCCUCCGUGGGCUGAGGGGGCGGGGAAAUUGUCCAAGGAGCCCCUCGGUGGAGAAGCCAAGACGCUGGGAGGUUGCUGGUGCAGCUGCCUAGGGCGGCGUCACUGAGCCGCGCCAGCGGAGCCAGGUGCAGCCCCGCUCCUCUCGCCUGCCUUCUCUGCGGCUCGCUUCUUCACCAGGCGUUCCUCGAGCCUUUUCCAUGCCCCCGGUGGAUGCAGCCUUUCGCACCCUCCACGCCCAUGGCCACUAGCCUGAGGAGGCCGUCUUUUACCGCCUGUUCUUCCUCCCUUCUGGACGCGGACGACGAGGGCGUGCGUGGCCCUUGUGAAGAUGCCACUCUGUGCAAGCGAUUUGCGGUGAGCAUUGGCUACUGGCAGGACCCUUGCAUCCCGCAUUUGGUGAGACUGUCUAAAGCGAGGAAGGCCCCCGAAAUUAACAGAGGAUAUUUUGGUCAUGUCCACAGUGUCAGUCAGCUUAUCAAGGCGUUUCUACGGAAGACAGGGUGCAACUGUCAAAUUCUAAACCUUGGGGCUGGGAUGGAUACCACCUUCUGGAGGUUAAAGGAUGAAGAUCUUCUACCAAGUAAAUAUUUUGAAAUAGACUUUCCAAUGAUCGUCAUGAGAAACUUGCACAGCAUCAAAUUGAAACCUCUUCUUUCAAAACCCAUUUUAGACCUACAUUCAGAGGACACACUUCAAAUGGACGGGCACACAUUGGAUUCAACGAGAUAUGCCAUCAUUGGAGCCGAUCUCCGAGAUAUUCCUGAACUGGAAGAGAAACUAAAGAAAUGUAACAUGAAUACACAAUUGCCUACCCUCCUGGUGGCUGAAUGUGUGCUGGUUUACAUGACUCCGGAGCAGUCUGCAAACCUUCUCAAGUGGGCCGCCAACAGUUUCGAGACUGCCAUGCUCAUAAACUACAAACAGGUGAACAUGGAUGACCGGUUUGGGCAGAUCAUGAUUGAGAACCUGCGGCCGGGAGUGGAGACCUGCAAGUCGUUAGAGUCGCAGAAAGAACGGCUCCUGUCCAGUGGGUGGGAAUCGGCUUCAGCCGUGGACAUGGUGGAAUUGUACAGCAAGUUACCUCGCGCGGAAGUGAGCAGAAGAGUCCCUUGAAUUCCUGGAUGAAAUGGAGCUUCUGCCUUCAUGCAGCAUUACUGCCUUUGCUGGGCAACCAAAGAAGGCAGUGAUCUGGGUCACCCAUUCAUCCCUUCUGAGGAGAUCAAGAAGGUUCCAGGAUCAAAACUUCCAGAGGGAGGACCAGCUGCUUGGAAGAAACCCUCAGUGUGGGUGGAGAGAGCUCUGAAGACCUGCAUCCUCAACAGCGCCCCCCAUGGCCUGAAGGUCUGUGCGUGGAAAGGCACAGACGCCCCGAAAGAGAAGCUUUGGCCAGCAUAUUUCACACAUACUUGCCGUUUUCAUUUGUACCAGGAGAGAGAUGACUCUGUCUCAAUAAUGGAACUUUUGAGUAACCACGAAAAUAAAAUUCCAAACA